AUGGGAGGCUACCAUUGUUUGUUCCACCUCUUGUUUAUCUACUCUCUGCUCCACGUACAUGGCAUUCACUCCCUGAACCAGACAUGCAACACCACUGACCUGGAGGCGCUUCUUGCUUUUUCCAAUGGCUUGGGUAUGAGCAGCAGACUUGUUGGGUGGGGUUCCAGUGAUGCAGCAUGCUGUUCCUGGACCGGCGUCUCUUGUGAUCUUGGGAGGGUUGUUGGGUUGGAGCUCUCCAACAGGAGCCUUCAUGGCGGCAUCUCCCAUGCGAUCACCUUGCUUGAUGGCCUUGUGACUCUAAACCUCUCUCGCAACUCUUUCCGCGGCCAGCCACCGGAGGGGCUUGGCCGGUUAGCAAGGUUGCGGAAGCUUGACCUCACUGUGAACAUGCUCUCCGGUGCGUUCCUGGCAAGUGAAGGCGGCUACUUGGCAAUUGAGGUGGUGAAUGUUUCCUUCAACAAAUUCACCGGAUCGUACCCUGUGUUCCCCGGCGCAAUGAACCUGACAGUUCUUGAUAUCUCUAGCAAUGCCUUCUCUGGUGGCUUCAACAUCACGGCACUCUGUGUUGAGCCGGUUAAGGCCCUGAGAUUUUCCAGGAAUGGGUUCAACGGUGAGAUCCUUGCAGGCUUUGGCCGAUGCAGGGUGCUCGCUGAGCUAUCUAUUGAUGGCAGUGGCCUCACUGGGAAUCUCCCCAGCGACCUGUACACUUUAUCAGAGUUGAGGAGGCCGAGCCUACGGGAAAAUCAGCUCUCUGGAGGUCUUAUUAGCGAGUACCUGGGUAACUUCUCUCAGCUUAUGCAUAUUGACCUGUCAUAUAACUUGUUCACAGGAGUCAUUCCUGAUGUGUUUGGGGGUUUGAGGAGGCUGGAGUUCUUAAACUUGGCCACAAAUUCGUUCAGUGGCACAUUGCCUGCUUCCCUGUCGAGCUGCCCAAUGCUGAGGGUUAUCAACCUAAGGAACAACUCGCUGUCGGGUGAGAUUGCCGUACACUUCAACUUACUGCCAAGGCUGAACGUUCUGGAUGCAGGGAGCAACAUGCUGAGUGGUGCUAUACCUCCCAGCCUCGUGUGGUGCACCAAGUUGAAGACCCUGAACUUUGGAAGGAACAAGCUUGAGGGAGAGAUACCAGAGAGUUUUAAGAAUUUGCAAUCCCUAUUGCACCUCUCUCUUGUUCACAGUGGCUUCACCAACUUGUCAUCGGCAUUGCGAGUCUUGCAGCACCUGCCCAAACUGACUAGCUUGGUGCUCACCAAGAAUUUACGUGGUGUUGAGACCCUGCCAAUGGAUGGCAUCAGUGGGUUCAAGAGCAUGCAGGUGCUUGUCUUGGCACACUGUGCGCUCUCCAGCAUGAUUCCACCUUGGCUGCAGAACUUGGAGAGCCUAAGAGUGCUGGACCUUUCAUGGAACAAGUUGAACGGAACAAUCCCGUUAUGGUUGGGGAAUCUGAAUAAUCUUUUCUAUCUUGACCUGUCAAACAACUCGUUUAGUGGGGAGCUUCCUGAGAGCUUUAUACAGAUAAAGAGCUUACUUUCAAGUAAUUAUUCAAGUGAGCAUGCAUCAAUAGAGGGCUUCCCAUUAUUCAAGAAGAAUUCGGCUGACAAAGGUUUGCAGUACAAUCAUGUCAGUAGCUUCCCACCGUCGCUGAUCCUCUCCAAUAACUUGCUUGUUAAGCCAGUCUUGCCUGGCCUUGGCCAUCUUGUGAAUCUUCAUGUACUGAACUUGAGCUGGAACAACUUCUCAGGAGGCAUUCCUGAUGAGUUGUCAAACAUGUCGAGCCUGGAAGCGCUAAAUCUGUCCCACAAUGAUCUCAGUGGGAGCAUACCAGCAUCUCUAACAAAGUUGACAUUUCUGUCCAAGUUUGAUGUCUCUUACAACUUGGCUGGAGAUAUACCAACAGGAGGGCAAUUUUCCACAUUCGCGAAUGCGGAUUUUGUGGGCAAUUCUGCACUCUGCAUUCUUCGGAAUGCCUCCUGCACUGAAGAGGCUCCAUUUGUGGAAACAGGAAAUGAGCAGCAUCGUGGUAUGGAUACUACAAUGCCUGCAAUGACAUACAUCACCGGGGAAGUGGGGUUCGCUUUUGGGCUUUUGAUCGUCUGGAAUGUACUGUUCUUCAUAAGGCCUUGGAGGGUUGCAUAUUUUCUGACGAUUGAUAGGUUCUUUGAUAUGAUUUAUGUCAUGACAGUGGUGAAGGUGAACAUGCUCAGAAGGAAAUGGGAGUAUAAAGUUCAUCCUUAAAGAAAGUCUGACACGGUUGUGUGCAGAUGUUAUUUACUUCAUGUGCUGUUUCCUUUUCUCAGUUUACGGUUUCUUCCUUGGUCCUUUCUUCCGCUUCAGGUGUCAGUAGCUUUGUUUGAU